CCCGCUAACAUGCUCCGUGGCUCUAAUUGCAGGCCUGGAGGGCAAGCAGGUUUUUUCAUUGGUCUGCUCGGCCAUACUCCCUUGCUGAAACCAAACGACCCACCCUUUGCAGGCAUGCAAAGCUUGACUUUGGUUAGUGCAUGGUGAUCAACAAGCGAUUGGAGGCCAGGCCUGGCCGCGCAAGAUGGGGCCCCCUUAUCAGCGCCUGGGGGAGGACACUACGAAUACCUCAAUCAGGAUCAUCCCGCCUCCAGAUCGCAACUCGUCCAUCCGAAUCCGCCGCGCAACGCUCAUUUUCUUUCGCUACUCGGUAUCCGUACUGACCAAAGCAAUUGGCUGGGGAUGCUUGCCGGUACUGUUUGAACAUCGACUCCUCUCUCUUUUCGCUCUUCAUUUCGUCCUUCCGAGCGCUGCAUCAACCCUGCGCCUAAAAUUAGUACAAUUCGCCUCCCCGCCAAUCCCCUGCAAGGAACCGAGCCUCCUGAGUCCUGAGUACCAGGAGAAAUUCAGGAUCCGAAGGCUGACUGAAGCCCGUGUCGCCUUCGAUAAAGUUUUCUACCUGUCUCAAGAAUUCCAUUCUGGCUACACUAACACUCGAUAUCCCCGUCAUUCGACUUGGCGUCGAACUGCGAUACGAGAUUGCGAAGCGAUUACUACCGAAAGCGCCGAAGUACAGUCCAUCCUUCGCGGUGCGCGCGCAACAAUGGGCAAGCACUCGCAGUACGGCGUCAUCCUUGACGCCGGCUCGUCCGGUACCCGGAUCUACGUGUACAAGUGGAAGAAUCCAGCCAGAGCGAGUGCAAAGGCGUCCUCCGAGGAAGAGCUUCGCAGUCUGCCCGAGAUUAAACUCAAAGAUAGCAAAAAGAUUCACCCUGGCGUUUCGUCCUUCGCAGAGCGACCCGGUGCCAUCGGCAAAGACCACCUGAAAGAACUCCUCGAAGUCGCCUACAAUAAGAUCCCCGGCGACAAGAUUCCCGAGACACCUGUUUUCCUCCUCGCGACGGCCGGCGUUCGCCUCCUACCCGAUUUCCAACAAAGGACGCUCCUCGGCAACAUUUGCCAAUGGCUUCAGAAGAACACGCGCUUCGAUUUGCCGGACUGCAGUACACAUGUCCAAGUCAUCAAGGGCGAGACCGAGGGCUUGUACGGUUGGAUUGCGGCAAACUACCUGCUUGGAGGUUUCAAUCACCCACAAGGGGAGGGGACCGGCCUCGACCAGAGUCACCACCAUACGUAUGGCUUCCUCGACAUGGGCGGGGCUUCGGCUCAGAUCGCCUUCGCCCCGAACUCAACAGAGGCGGAAAAGCACGCAGAGGAUCUCAAGCUUGUGCGCAUGCGACAUCUCGAUGGCAGCCCGGCUGAGUAUCGCGUCUUUACGACAACAUGGCUCGGCUUUGGUGCGAACCAGGCUCGCGAGCGCUUCGUCAAGAACCUGCAAGAGCAGUACGGCCCAGAGACGAACGAGAUACCAGACCCAUGUAUGCCGCAUGGCCUUGUCACCAACAUGCAAGGUGAUCCGAUCACCGGUCAGCCGACCGAGGGCGAGCGGGUUCUGGUAGGGAUUGGGCAGUUCGACGAGUGUCUGCGUCUUACGUAUCCUCUCCUCGAGAUGGACGCCCCGUGCAACGACGAACCUUGUCUCAUCAACGGCCAGCAUGUUCCUGCAAUUGACUUCAAAGUUAACCGCUUCGUGGGCGUUUCCGAAUAUUGGCAUACAACCCACGGCGUAUUCGGAGGCAAGGACACCCCUUACGACCUCGAGGCGUACCAAAACAGCGUGCUAGAUUAUUGCAGCCGCGACUGGUCGGACAUUGAGCAGGAUGACCUAGAGAAGCGCAAAAAGUCUGCAGAGAGGAAAGCCGAAGAUGCGCGCGAAGCUUGCUUCAAGGCUUCGUGGCUCAUCAACAUGCUCUACGAUGGCAUCGGCAUUCCCCGCGUCGGCUUGGAGGCGCCAAUCUUGAACGCCACCGACAUGGACGGCUCCUUUCAGCCAGUUGACACUAUUGAUGGAGUUGAGUUGAGUUGGACGCUCGGCAAGAUUGUACUCUACGCUGCGGGCCAGGUACCGAGCAUAGGAGAACCUCUACCCGUCGGCUUUGGCACCAACGUGGCAGCAGGGACGCCAACUGAUUUUGAGCACGCUGGCUCUAUCCCGCAGAUGCCAUUCACAGGCGGGCUGGACGAUGAGAUUGAGGAUGAAGACAUCAACACCGAUGAGCCUGUCUACCGGCCACCGCCCCCAUCUCACAGGCACACUCCCAAGAGGAAGGUCAACCUGCCGCCCAUCAUAUUCGGCGUCAUAUUCUUCAUCAUCAUCAUUUUCUUCGUUCUCCGCCGGCCGGAGCGCAGGAGGCGUCUGUGGAAUCUGGCACGUCGCCGCAGUCGCUCUUCAGGUCGCAAGCCCAAAGGAUCGGGUGGUGGCCGAGCACUCACUCUCGCGAACAAGAUUUUUGGCAGAAGCCAACACCAAUACGAGAGAGUUAUGGAAGAGGGCGAGGCCGCUUCAAACAUGGAGCUAGGUGGUGCCGAGGUGGACGAAUUCGAUGUCUCCGACAGCAGCGAGGGGUCUAAGGGGCCGAAAUCCGCCUUGGCCUCAUCAAAGCAAGAUGAAAGCAGCGGCAACAACGAGCUUCGUCCUCCCAACGCCUUGGACCGUCGUGGUCUCGCCGUUCGGACCGAGAGCAGAGAGCGCAUGGGUGCGAUUGGUCGACGAAGCAGAGCAGCGAGCCCCCAGCGCCAGAAGAGCCCUUUAGCUGCGCCCAUGGGUCGAGACUAAGGCAGUUUGUACAACAUACAUUGAAGGAUGUCUUUUCACUUAUGUAUCAGCCGCGCGGGUUCGAUAGGCUGCACUGCUAGCUUCACAUGGUUGGUUCGACGGGAUGGCAGCACAGUACAACGUUGGGAUCAUUGGUCACGGCGUCACGGUAGGCUCAUAAACAUGGCUCUGGACAGGAAUUUCGUUUCAUUCUGCAUGUUGCUAGGGAAGUAAUCACAUAGGCAUUGGUACAUUCGUGGCCGACAGGCACUACACGAGGCGAACUAUCAUUGGUAGUCUGUAAUGGGAUAUUUUCAAUAAACGCAGCAA